CGCGCUCCACGGUCGCACAGUGGCGGUGCCGCGUGACGUCACACAGUGUCGCAUCGCAGUGCUGUGUCGCGGGUCAGCGCCCCAGCUAGGCGCAGCGAGCGCCGGGUUGUCUACGCCGUAGGCGCCGCUCUAAGACAUCGCGCUGUUCCGAGGGACUUUCUUGAGAUGCUAGAGUGACCAGACACCAGAGAUGACUGCUGCCAAAGGAGGUGCCAUGUUGGCUCUUCUGCAGUUGGUAGCACUGGCAGCCAUGUUGCAUUCUAUGACUGCUGCGGAGACGUGUGACCAGUCUGUGACGGUGGUGAGUCCGCGGACGGCGGUGGCAGGGGGCGCCACGGCCGUGCUGGUCACCCUCAGUGGGGGGCCGCGCCGUCCCCCUCGGCCCCCCCUAAAUGUGACCCUGCACCUCCUGGCGGCCUCUGGCGGCGACGAGGCCGACGCCGACCGGCCCAUCAUCUCUAGGAGCUCUGCCCUGGUGCAAGGCCAGGCGGUGAUCCCAGUGCUGGUGCCUCUGGACGCGCCGCCAUCCUGCGUUCUCCAGGCAGUGGUGGGGGGCAGCGUGCAGACGUCUUCGCGGCUGACGCUGGCGGGGCCCCUGCGGCACGCCAUCCUGCGGCCAGACCGGACCUCCUACUCCCCGGGGGACACAGUGCACUUCUGGGUGCUGGCGCUGGACCAAUCACUGCGACUUCCCUCCGGAGCGGCGGGCAGCGUCUGCGUCAGGGACCCCGCCGGAAACUGCGUGGCGCGGUGGCCGCAAGUCAGCCUCGGACAUGGCGUGCUGAGUUUCUCGCUACCGCUUUCGGGGGCGGCGCCCACGGGCACGUGGCACCUCCACCUGGAGGCGGACGACCGCCGUCUCUCCGGCUGGGGGGCGGCGGCCGCCUUCAACGUCAGCCUGCCGCAGCAGGAGGCAGCCGGGGGCGGCGGGGGCGGCGGUGCCGGGGGCGGCACAGCCAGGCCACUGGGCACGCCGGCCUCGCCCUGGCUGGGAGCCGGGGGCAGCGGAGGCGACGAGGGCGGCGGGGGUGUCGGGGGCGGAGGUCGCGGUGAGGCGACGCAGGCGUCGGCGCCAGAGGACGAGGUGGCUAUGGCCGAGGAGCACUUCGUGGAGCUGCGCUUCGGGCGCGCCGUCCGCAGGCUGUACAAGCCGGGCCUGCCGUUCGUCGGCAAGGUGGAGUCGGUGAGCACGGAGAAGGUGGUGCGCGUGCGGGUGAAGGUGUACGACAACACGACGGCCAUCUACAGCCAGGACCUGGAGAUCACGUCCGGCGAGGCGGCGUUCGUCGUCCCGGCCAUCCUCGCCGACAGCGAACUCAUCACGCUCCAGGCCGAGCUGGUCUCGGUGGGCGGCAAGGAGAUCGACAGCCACUACGUGCUGGCCAGGGAGCCCGUGCGCAGGUGGCCCGGCUCCAGCGCGCUCCAGGACUGCUACCUGCUCGUCCAGGGCCUGGAGAGGACCUUCCAGCCAGAGGAGCGCGCCCACGCCACGGUGCUGUCGACGUGCGCCUGCGAGCGCGACGUGUUGGCCGUAGUGACCGCCCCCGGGGGCCGCGUGCUCCACUGGACGGAGAAGCGGGCCGACGCGCCGCCGCCCCCGGACCUCAGACCGCCGCCCGCCAGCGUCGACGGCGCCGCCAUCUGCCGCCUCAACUUCAGCUUCGAGGUGCAGGCGGUAAUGGCGCCCACCAGCCAGCUGCUCGUCUACUACGUCACCGAGGAGGGCGAGCCCGUCAGUGACGUCAUCAGCUUCGAUGUCAGCCUGCAGCACAGUGCCGUGUCGGUGAGCACGGAGGAGCGAGACUUCUGGCUACCUGGACAGCGCCUGGAGCUCCGCGUCACGGCUGAGCCCAACUCGCUGGUGUGCGUAGUGGGGGGCCGGCCGGAUAUGGCGGGGGCGGCGGGGGCGGCGGAGGCGGUGGCGACGGCACCGCCAGGGGCGGCUUUGGGGACGGCGGCCGCCCCCGCUGAGGACAGGAACGGCACCGGAUCGUGGUCCGGAGGCGUGCUGGACUUCCAGCAGGCGGGCCUGGAUGUGUUCCAGCGGCGCUGCGUGCGCGCCACCCCCAGAGGACCCCGCGUGGCGGCGCUGCGCCAGCAGAGGGCGCCCACCCCGGGGCAGGCGGCGGCUUCGGACGGGUCUGGAGGCUACGGCCUGGGCGCGCUCCAGCUGGGCGUCGACCACGUCUGGUUCUGGCGCUGCUUCAACUUCAGCGGUUCGCAGCAGCAGCACCGGACGUGGGCGGCGGCACCGCCGGAGCCGGGCCAGUGGACGCUGACCGUCUUCCGGUCGCUGGGCGUCGCCUUCUCUCUACCGCCCACGCUACGGGUGGGCGAGACGGCGCAGGUGGACGUCCGCAUCGCCAACAGCGCCGCCUCCUGCAUGGACGUGACGGCGCUGCUGUCGCUGACCGAGGGCGCCCACUUCGCCAGUUCGGGCCUGCUGUACGUCAGCGAGAAGCUGAGGCUGGGGCCGCACGGGGCCACUUCUCUGGUCGUCAGGGUAGUUGUCACCAGCCCGGGCGUCAAGAACAUGACAGUGGAAGUGUCUGGAUAUGGUGGAGACUCGUGCAGGGACACCGGAGGCGGAAACGGCACGUCCCCAGCGCGCAGUGGGGGCAGCACAGGCAGCAGAAGUGCGCUGUCUGCCUCUGUGACACGCUCUGCUAGCACGCUGGUCACGCCGGAGGGGCUCCGCCGGACAACCACCGACAGUGCCUACUUCUGUGCCAAUGAGAAACUGGUGGUGUCUACUCCGGAGGACUUCCAGCCAGAGUGGCUGCCGGCUCCACGGAACCGCGCCGGCGUCGUCCUGGAGGUGCGGGCGGCGGCGCCGGGGGCGGACCGGGAUCGUGGGGGCGGCGCUGGGGGCGCAGUUGGCAGUGGUGGUGGAGACACGCCCCCGCAGCCGGCCGCCGUGGUGCUGCUGUCCUCUGGCAGAGGCGCUGGGCCCGACUCCUACCUGCUGGCGCUGGGAGACGUCUCGUGGCUCACCAGGGGGCCGCACGCUUACGGCGUGCGGUUGGCGAGUGCGGAGACACCUGGCCUGGUGACUGGGGAGUUCCGGACGCUGUGGCUGAGCUGGGAGCGCGGCCUGCUCUCUCUGGGCCGGGGUUCGCACCUCCACCAGGGCCCGCUGCUCAGCUGGCGCGCGCCCACGGACAGCCUGGCCAUCUCGCACAUCGGACUCUCCGCGCCCUGGGGAACUCCAGCAGAGUUCAGGCUGUGGAACUACAACGAAGAGGCGGGCUUCUCGCAGGUGCUGCACCUGGACGUGCCCCAGCCAGUGGUCCCUGGUUCAGAGCAGGGCUCCCUGUCCGUAGCUGGUGGACUGGCACUCCCAUCAUCUGCCGCUUCGUGGCUCCACCCGGCUCAGCAUGCCACCGACAUUGGCGAAGCCAGCAGCCUGGUGUCUACGCUCGCAUCGUUCAGCCCGCUACCGACGCUGGAUCACAGGGGGAUGCUGCUGGACCAGGAGGCGCCCUCUGGUGACGUCACGGACGUGAGGCGGCGGCUGGCCACGCAGCUGCAGGCGCUGCUCGUCUUCCGCAAGCCAGACGGCUCCUUCGGGGACCACCCCACGAAGGGCAGCCACAGCGGCACGGUGUGGGCGCUGGACGUGCUGAACCGAGCGCAGGCUCACGUCGCUGUCGACCCGCAGCUGCUGACGUCAGCCAAACGGUGGCUGCAGGCCCGCCAGCGCGCCGACGGAGGCUUCGCGCCUGACGAUGCCGCCACCGGCGACGUCGAAACGACGGCCGAGACUCUGGUCGCACUGCUCGCUGUCGGGCUCGAAACGGAGGGUGACGAGGAGUGCUGCCUGCGAGCACGAUACUUCCUGGAGCGGUCGCUGCUGCUGGACAGAUCCUCGGCGCCGCCUCCACUGUCUGCGGCCUCUCUCGCACUGGCUCUGGUGGCGUCCCGCAGUGAGGUGGCCGCCGCCGCCGUCGCCAGGCUCAGAAAUGUCUCCGCCAAUGAGGAGGGCGACUUUGGCUGGCCGUACCACCUGUCAGAUGCCAGAACAGGAACACUGCCCAGGGACCGCCGACUAGCCACCACGGCAGCGGAGUACAAGGCUUCUCUCUACGCCCUGAUGACAUACUCCAUGAUGGGUGACCUACGCUCCGCAGAGCCCGUCGCUAAGUACCUGUUCUACCGCUCCUACCUGCUGGACACCCACAAAGAGUUGGUGUACCUGUGCGUGCGUGCGCUGUGGCAGCUGUCGUCGGUGGCCCAGGACCGGGAGCGCGCGCUGACAGUCUCGCUGGCCACGUCUGGCAUGGAGCUGACCGACACCCUGGAGCUGAGACCGGGAACCCAGCCAGCCAGGGCGCUGCCGCUGCCCAGCCUGCCCACCAAGGUGUUCGUCUAUGCCACUGGCGCCGGCUGUGCCACCGUGCAGGGUCGCGUGAGCUACUCCACGUACGCGCCAGCCUCCCGGACGCCGCUGCUGGACAUCUGGGCGGCAGUCGAGGGCGAGGACUCUUCGGGGCUCCGACACCUCGAGGGCCGGCCUGCCAGGCUGUCCAUCAGGGUCUGCUUCAGGUGGAAGUCCCACCGACCAUCUGGUGUGCUGAGACUGGAGGUGCGCCUUUUCUCCGGGUUCCAGCUCUCAUCCUGGAGCGGCAGCGUGCUGGUGGACAGCAAUGGGACCACAGCGGACGUCCAGCAUGGUUCCAGGGCCGACAAAGUCUGGUUCCUCAUGUCUGGUGUGACCUCCCAGUGUGCAGUCUGCGUGCAGCUGUCAGCUGGUGGCGUCUACCCAGUGACGUCAUCCCGGCCGGCGUUGGCGCGCGUCUACCCGGCAGAGCGCCCUCACGUGGCAGCACACGUGUUCUUCCACAGCGCCACUCUGUUGACUGCAGGUGCCGAUGACGACCUCCUCACAUGGUUUGGCGCCUCACAACAAGGUGGAGUCCAGAUGGGGUCCAACUUCUCCGAGGUCUGCGAGUGCGGGCAGGAGUGCCCGCACGACCCGGUCGAGCCGCAGCCUUCGCCAGAGACGCCAGUCACCACCACCACGACCACAGCCACGGCGACGGCGUCGGCGGCCUCCAACGCCGCGGGCGGUCACGACCAGAGACCGGACACGACCACGAGGUCCCUGUCCACGCCCACAUCACGACCCACCAGCACGUCUGACGAGCCUGGGGGAGGUGACGUCACCAACAGUGGCGCGGGGGCGGUGACGAAGACGACGUCGACGCCCACGACCACGACCGAGGAGCCGGAGUCCGUCAACAUCAUCAUCACGGAUGACAACGCCGAGCUGGAGAGCCAGAAGGAGCGCCCGGCAGGAAAGAGACACGGCCCAUCCUCCAAGAGCGCGAGUCCAGAUUCUGGGAGGGGUGUCAACAUGGAGCGCCGCCCAGUGGACAGUUCAACGCCACUGCAGCAGGAUCACCAGGUGACACUGAAGGAGAGCCGUGGUCACGUGGGAGUCCAGCCUCCACCUCCACCUCAAUCUCAACCUCAACCUCAGCCUCAGCAGGAGGAGCGGCUGCUGGUGCUGGACCGCGAUACACUGUGGGGAAUGCUCCGGGAGGCGGUCCACGUCGAGCUCAACAGCAGCAACCUGCUGAGGCGCGCCGCCACUGAGGCAGACUGAGCCCGAGGUCGCGGUCACCGGCCAGCAUCUGGCUAGGCUGCAGUGCGUGUACUGGACCUAUCAGUAGGUCAGACUGUGGGGCUAGUCACCGAGUAGCCAUCAGACAAGAUCGUGACAUCGGUCCUUGGUUUGUCACCAGACAGACUGAGUGGCCAGCCUCCAGUCUCCAAACCAGACUGUGGGCGUAUCCCCAACCUGUCAUGAAACUGACUAAGAGGCCCAUCACUAGUCACCAGCCAGACGCUGAUCAGCCAGACAAUCUUAGAGCCAGUCAUCCAGCCUGCUGGAUGUGCCAUUGAUGCUCCACAGAGUGUGUACUGUCGUGAGCCUGUCACCUGACUGACUGAAGGACCCAUCACCAGUCACCAGCCAGACAAUCUUUACCAAGCAGCAGCUGCUGGUUGCUCCUGCCAGUCACCCACAUAGCGUGUAUACUGACAUUGGAUCAAGCACUUCCUCCAUUUAGUGGCACUCAAUGAACAUCAUUGCAGAAGUCUCUUGCAAUACAGAAAAUGCCCCCAAAAAGGAAACCCUACUGCUGUGGACAAGGGCCAUGAUGGUAUCAGCACAAAUUAUUCAUUUGAACAACAAAUUAGUAAUCUGCGCUAUCUAGGCUUCAAAAACUAAUGAAUCGUUUUGUAGAACAGUAAAUGCUCCAAGAAAGUGAAUCCUUUGUUCUUGGAAUACCUAUAACCAAUGUCCUUGAGAGUGUAGAUUGUUCAGUAAUAUAAUAAAAUUCUUUGUAAAAUGGAGUUCGGUAUUGAUUCAGGCUGGGAAAUUGUUCUCCUGAACCUCAGACCAGUCAUUUGCACUGCAUAGGCUUGAAACACUGAUAAGUCAUUUCACAGAACCAACAGAAAAUACUCCAAAAAAGGGAACCCCUUGUUUUUUUGAAAUGACUGCAUUAAAUUUUCAUAACAACAAAAGUCAUUCAGUAAAGGACUAAACAUACCUACAGAGCGAACUUGUGGAGGAGUGUUGUGAAAAUAUUCAUUGCAGUGAAAAAUUAUUCCCUUGAACCUGAGAAUGGUCAGAUUCUGUAUCUAGGCCAGAAUAACAGAUUAGUCGUUUUCCAGCACAAAGUAUACUUCAAAAACUACAACUUUCUUCAUUUAUGAAAGUGCAACUGAUUCGUUCUGGGGAUUUUUUGUAGUUUAUCGCUUUCCCAACAGCCAACCCAGACAACUGCAUCAAAUUGCUCACAUGUAGAAUCAAGCAGCUCCUGUCUCUAAAUACCACACACCAUUGUUCUUGUAGACAAAUAACGUUUAACCUGGGAUAUUGGAGGGAAUCAACAAAAGGUUCGAUGCACUGGACAAUCAUCGUGAUGCUAGACUGGAUAGUUAAGGGCAUUCACGUUCCACUGUGAAAGCUGUACUCUUCUAGGACCUGAUCAACUGCCACAUAUACCCAUCAACAAAUUGCCCAGUCUGG